UUCUAAAAGCACGGUAAUUACGACCGAUGCGUAUUUAAAAGUAGAAAGCAUCGCGAACUUUAGGUAGAAAGUACGACUUAUUACGUAGGGUGAAUCAUCGCGGUCGCGAUAAACAUCGUCUCCUUUUCGAAUCGGAUUACCUUUCGCGAUAGAAACUUUGAAGAAAAUAAUAAACGGCGAGCACCGAGCGAGCGUUUGACGAGCCGAGCUCGUCGCGAGGCUUGAUUCCAAUUUAAACGACUGUUUCCAUCGGAUGUAUAUGAAUCGUAAAAGCGGCUGUUUCAUUGAUCGCCCCGACCCCUUAAACGACGACGAGAAAAGCGACGGAUUAAAAUACGAGUUUAAUGAAAUUCGACCGAACGGGCGAACUUCUUUCACGUCGUUUGUCAGGAUACAACGGAUUCGAUUUGUAAUUCAACGAUCGUUAAACGUAAUGAGGAUGUUGUUGCGACAGUAAGUAGGUCAUUGUUGUACGGCAGCCGGUGGCGUUGCGUCGCCGACUUUUUACCGUAAGUCCAUCGGGUGACGUCAACGGUGAUUCCUCGAACGCAGGAUAUCGCGUUCACCGCGAACGUGACGCGUAGCACGUAAUCUACUAUCUCGGAAAUGAGAAAAGAAACGUUCGAUAGCUUUCGAAUCUCUUUGCCUCUGUUUUUCGCUACAGCUUACCUACGUACGCGGAUAUAGAUUUUUCGUUUGCUUUCGAGCGGAUAAUAAAUAUAGGUCAGGGGAAAAAAGUUAACCUCGCGAAGAGUGGGACAAGCUCGGAAAGAUAGCGAUUAAACGAAAUAACGUAAAUAAAUACCGAUAUUGCGCAAAGCGUGAGAUUGGCAACGAUCGAGGAUCGUUAACGUCGCUCGCGUAUGCUUGGAAUACGUAUCGAGAAAUUUUCGUUCCCGUGUCACGGUGAUUCAAAUUCCGUUUACGGUACACUUUGGUGUUUCUAAAUUCCAUCGACGACGGUCCAGUCUCGCGGUCGUAUCUUUUCUGGUUAUUUACGCUAGAGCGCAUCUCGAAGCAACCUCGAAAUAGAGAAAAUACUCGAAACGUUGAUGUUGACGACAUAUUUCAAGGUCGUCGUUAGCUAACUUAUUACGUUUAUUCUCUGAAACCGUUAAAGUUCGUUUACGCCACACCAGCGUAAAAUGUACGUUUCUAGAGCAGAAUAACGCGAUAGUUCGUACAACGUCGGAACAAGCUAUCGAAAGUACGAGUCGUAUUCGACGCCGUACUUAUAUCUGGCCGUAUAAGCGAUACUCCAUAGUUUUGUACGUAUUUUUAUUUUUCUUGGAUGGAGAGGCGAGGCAUUUUGCAUCGCUGACCGAAGGAAGGAAUAUGUGGAACACACGGCUAGGACAUGGAGAGUGAUUCAACGUUUACCGAAUUCCUCGGUGCAAACGUAAAGUUCCAUUUCUACCGGGCGUAGACUAGAGGCGGAAGAGUACGUUAGGCGAAGAUGCGCGUCGAGAAAGAGCGCGAGAAGGGGCGAAAGAGAGGUCGAAGAAGAGAAGGAGGCGGAGGACCGUUAUGCGGCACGUUCGACUUCGAAAGACGAUCGAUAGAACAUGGGCAUCGAAAGCGUUUUAACGGGAGGUUUGACCUCCGCAUCCAGCGGACUAUCGUGGUUCUUCCCGGUGCUCGCAGCGGCUCUCGUCUACUUCGAGUACGAAGUGAUGGACAACGAAGCACCACCGAUUAAUAUACCUUCGGAAGUACUGCUGCCAUCGUACGACUUUAUCGUUAUCGGAUCUGGUUCCGCGGGAGCCGUGGUAGCGAGUCGCCUGUCGGAAAUAGAAAAUUGGAACGUGCUCCUUCUAGAAGCUGGUGGUGAUGAAACGGAAAUCUCCGACGUUCCUCUUCUCGCCGGUUAUCUGCAGCUCAGUCAAUUAGACUGGCAGUACAAAACGGAACCCAACGGAGAAGCCUGUCUAGCGAUGGAAGAGGGUCGCUGUAACUGGCCACGUGGGAAAGUGAUCGGAGGCAGUAGCGUGCUCAACUACAUGCUCUAUCUUCGCGGCAACAAAAAAGACUAUGACAUAUGGGAGCAGCUAGGCAAUCCAGGUUGGUCUGCCAGGGACGCUCUCUAUUAUUUCAAAAAAUCGGAGGACAACCAAAAUCCCUAUUUGGCCCGAACGCCGUAUCAUUCGACCGGGGGUUAUCUAACCGUUCAAGAAGCACCGUGGCACACCCCGUUGGCCGCAGCGUUCGUUCAAGCAGGCCAAGAAAUGGGCUACGAGAACAGAGAUAUUAACGGGGAACAUCAAACCGGCUUUAUGAUCGCUCAGGGAACCAUCAGACGCGGCAGUCGAUGCUCCACGGCGAAGGCCUUCCUGCGACCAGCCAGGCUGCGCAAGAACUUACACGUCGCUAUGCACGCGCAGGUCACCAAGAUUUUAAUAGACGCGAAAUCGAGGAGGACUUACGGCGUGGAAUUCGUCAGGGACGACAAGAUGUUCCGUAUUCGCGCUAAAAAGGAAGUGAUCGUUUCCGGAGGUGCUAUCAAUAGCCCGCAAUUGCUGAUGUUGUCGGGAAUCGGACCUAGAGAUCACCUGCUACGACACGGGAUACCGGUGAUUCAGGAUUUAAAAGUGGGAGAGAAUCUGCAAGACCAUGUCGGUUUGGGAGGUUUGACGUUCAUGGUGAAUCAACAGGUUUCGAUGGUGGAGAAGAGGUUGCACAGCGUUCAAGCUGUGAUGCAGUACGCCGUCUUUGGAGACGGUCCUCUGACCGUGCUGGGCGGUGUCGAAGGCCUAGGCUUCGUCAAUACGAAGUACGUGAACGCCUCCGACGAUUUCCCGGACAUAGAACUUCAUUUCGUAUCAGGGUCGACGAACUCCGACGGUGGUAGGCACAUCAGAAAGGUUCACGGAUUGACGAAAAGAUUCUACGACGCUGUAUUCGGGCCCAUCAGCGAUAAGGACGUGUGGAGCGUGAUUCCUAUGCUUUUAAGGCCAAAAAGCAAAGGCGUUAUCAAGCUUCGAAGUAAAAAUCCUUUCGACCAUCCUUUGAUUUAUCCGAACUACUUCAAGGAACCGGAAGAUAUCGCGACACUGGUCGAAGGAGUCAAAAUAGCAAUCGCCCUGAGUAGAACCGCUUCGUUCAGACGCUUCGGAAGCGAACUAAAUUCGAAACAAUUUCCUGGCUGCAAACACAUUCCUAUGUACAGCGACCCGUACUGGGAAUGUAUGAUCAGGCACUAUUCCGCCACCAUCUAUCAUCCCGUGGGCACUUGCAAGAUGGGUCCUUACUGGGAUCCCGAGGCUGUGGUAGAUCCUCAGCUUCGAGUUUACGGAGUUACCGGACUCAGAGUCAUCGACGCGUCUAUAAUGCCGAAUUUAGUUAGCGGUAACACCAAUGCGCCGAUUAUCAUGAUCGGCGAGAAGGGUUCCGACAUGAUAAAAGAAUUCUGGUUGAAGAGAAGAGGCCGAGGGUGAACAUCGCGGUUCUCGUAGACUAAUUUAAAGCGAUCGUUUAAAGCGUCGGUGAUACGCGAUAAAAACGUUACCUCGAAUCUUGCGUAUCCCUGUACAGCCACGGUACGGAUUAACCGCGUCGUUGAUUUAAAAUGCGAAUAAAAUAAUUACUACGACUGCGUCGACGGUGGUACAAAGUUACACCAAGUUUUCGAGUACAUGUAACGCGUAAGUGUCGACGCACGUUUUGCUGCUAAAGUAAUGAUAUUCGUUGAUCUUUCCCGACGAACUUGUACCAUUUAUGUACAGCGAAAGUUAAUACAGCGGCAUUCUAUUUAUUCCUCGAGUUAUCGAGAGACAAACCUCAAGGAUCGUACAGCGAUUGAACCAUUUGGUUUUUCGUUCGUGCGUUAUCGUAUCGUUAUUGUAAUUCAAAGUGUAAGCAAAGCAGCAUAAAGGAUGACAAAAGCGUACAAAUAACAAAAUCGUCGAAAGGAAAAGAGUUAUUAACGACGUUGGUUACUCUCUUUUGAAAUUGUCCUUGCUUUGAUCUUUAAAUGUACAUAGUUUGCGAUAUACCUGAUAGAACGUAGCCAAUUUUUUGAACGGCGCGGCAAAAUGUAAAUUUUUCUUUUUAAUGUAAAUACUACGUAUAGAUUUAUCAUAUCGACACGAAUAAAAGAAAUCGAAUUCUC